CCCAGACGCCCACAAUAAACUCAAGCGCGAGGCCGCCGAAGCAGCCGGUGGUGGUGGUGGUGGUGGUGGGAGUGAUUGUGAUUGUGAUUGUGAAAAAGUACGCCUCUUUACCAACCAACCAAUAUGCGCUACACCUGAUGUUUGACACCAGCUAUACUAUACCCCAUAAACCGUGGGAUGAAAUGUGUAUAGCAGGCUGUGCAAAGUGCAGUGCAGUGUCGUGCCAUGCCCGCAUAUAAUCAUAUUUCUAUGUUUAUAUGUGCAUGUGCAUGGGCAUGGGCAUGUGAAACGUGAAACGUGAACGUGAAUAAGAGAAACAACAGGCUGAUGUGGCUUCGCUUUUAUCAUUAUUAGAGAGGAGCCGCGGGCCAUCACCAUCAGCAUCAGCACAGCCUUCAGCAGCAGAAGAAGAGGGAACUUCGUCGCCUUUCGCCCAGGCCGAUUGCGCCCAGGCCUGCCACCACCACCACCACUUCCAAUACCAACAACAUGAGCAAUACGGCCUCGUCACAAAGUGGAAGUGUCUCCACACUUCCUGCCCCGUCUUCAUCUUCGACUCCGGAUCCAGCUAUAACCCAACCUCUACAAAUGGAAACGACUCUCAGUCUCCCCUGCAACACCGAACUCUACAACCCGUCCAUCUCCACCGCCAUCUCAGCUUCGGGGAUAUCCUCCUCAUACCCGGUCUUCACAUCCACAUCCAUCUCCGAUUCCAUGCCAAUGUCCAUGCCCAUGUCCAUGUCCAUCCCCCCCCUCUUCAUGGAAAUGGGAACCCACUUCUUCGACGCCAACGCGGACGCGCAUGCAACCGACGAAACAGAAAGAAUGUACGCCGACUUCGAGUCCGCGUUCGCAGAGAGUUCUGCGAUGUAUAGCUUCAGCGCCGAGGAGAUGCUUUUCCAGGAUACUGUGGGCGAGGGGGAGGGUGAGAGCGAGACUGGGGCUGGUGCUGGGGCUGGAUGGGGCUGGUUGGAUCCAGACGAUGAGACGAUGCUGGCUCAUCCAGCGGGUCUCUAACAGUGGCCUCCAUACCGUUGUGGUAUGGAGGUAUCCUUAUUCUUUU